UAACUUGAAUUUUUUGGUGGUUUACAAGAAGUUGAAUUAAUUAAUAAUGGCUUUUCAAUCAGUUGUGAUCAUGGAUAAGCCGUUGCAGCACAUCUCGCUGGCUGAUUGGAAUGCUCGAGUGAGCGGACUUCGGAAUGUGGCGGAUGCACGACGGGCAGACGCCUUCGCCUUGCGUCAUUCCUCCCGGGUGCUACGUAAUGAGACGCGGAUCGAGAGCGAUUGGGCGAGCAUUGAAACGAACGAUGCGCUGGCUGAUCGCGUUGUGGAGCUGAAUAACUGGCGUCAGAUAAUCCUGAGAACGUUUGAACGCAUUGUGAGCGAAAUCAAUGCGCUGCAGGAAGAAAAGGAUAUAACGGAGCGUGAAUUGGCGGCUCUUUCCUCACCGAUUGCGGUGAUCAGUGAAGUGCUAACCAUGCGGGACUGUCGCCUUGGCGCCGAGCUCACUUACGAUGAGCCGGACACGGAGGUCAAGAACGAACUGCGCAUUUUGGAGAACAAUCAGCGACUUCUGGCGGAGAGGUGCCAGAAGGCUUGGUCAAAGUUGACGCGACUUGAGGAGGUUCGCUUUAAGAUUGGCUUGGAGAUCGAGAACAAAGUCGAGGCGGUGGAUCUAGACACUGUCCAACUGGCCUUAAAUCGCAGCUCAGCCGGCAUAUCCUAUAAGCCUGAUCCUAUGCGUAUGCCUAAAAACUCUUGCUCAUACGAGUCGUGGCUGGAGCAUGUGAAGAAUGUGAAGCAGCUGGCGGAGAACGAACUGGCAGACACGGCUGCCAUUCGGGAAGCGUUGUUCGUCUGCCGCGAGAAGGCCCGCAACAUGUUGCAGGCACAGCAGGAGCGUGCAGAGCACUGCAUACGCAAACGCAUCUUCGAGACCCAGCGGGCGCGCAACGAACUGGAAUGGCAGAAGCUCAAGAUGAAGGAGGAGAUGGAGAGUGCCGUUUGCGAGAUAAAGUCAUUGGAGGAGUCGUUGCGCGACAAGUCGGAUGCCUUGAAGCUGGCCGAGUCACGUCUGGAGAAUCGUGCACAGCGCAGUGGCAAGGAGCUGUGCCUGGAUCAUGCUCAUGAUAUGCUCUGCCAGGAGGUGGAGAAGUUGCGUGAAAUCCGUCGUUGCCUCAAGGAUAAAAUCGACGAUUCUAAGGCCAACUUUAAUCUGCUGUCGGAUCAUGCACAAAGGAUCGACGUGGAUCUGGAGAACAAGCAGCAUUCGCUGAUGACGGACAUUCGUGCUCUGGAUUUGCGUACGCGUCUCAAGGGAGGAGAGCACGGCAUAAAGAUGAGCGAUCCGAGUGCUCAGACCGAACGCAAUAUUGUGAUGACCCACAUGGAACAGGAGAUUCCCAAACCAUAGAGAUCAGAAUAAUGAUUUUUAGUAUAAUGUAAUUCCAAAUCUUGACUAAAUUCUCGUGUUGAAA